GGGGGCUGGCGGGGACGCGAUGGGUGUACCCCCCGGACGGUGUCGGCAUCCACAGGGGGGUGUCCCCCCUGCACCCCAACCCCACCACCAUCUCCAUCCUUCGGGAACUUUCCGACACCCCAGGAAAGGCCGGCGGCACCUCGGACACCCCACAGAGCGAGGAAGGGACGGGUGCUCCCCAAGGGGGGGUCCCCCCGCUGCCCCCCCCACCCACCAACUGCUGCGGGACCGGGUGCCCCAACUGCGUGUGGGUGGGCCACCCAGAGAGUCUCCAGGACGGGGGCCACCGGGACAGAGGGGUCUCCUGUGGAGCAGCACGGCAGCUGUGGGUGAGGAGCCCUCCCGGGGCACAGCCAUGAGCCUGGAGCCCCACUCCAAGCUGGAGAUCAAAUCAGCCACCAGGGUGAACGGGGGACCCGCCACCCCUCGGAAAGGACCCCCCAAAUUCAAGCAGAGGCAGACGAGGCAGUUCAAAAGCAAACCCCCCAAAAAAGGGGUGCAGGGAUUUGGUGAUGACAUCCCAGGCAUGGAAGGGCUGGGAACAGACAUCACUGUCAUCUGUCCCUGGGAAGCCUUCAGCCACCUGGAGCUGCACGAGCUGGCUCAGUAUGGCAUCAUCUAGGGACAGCACGGCCAGCAGCAGCCACCUGCCCCCCAGUGCUCUGGAGACAGAGUCUGCCCCGGCCACACAGAGGGGCUCAGCCUGGGAAAAUGUUCAUUAAAA